AUGAACGAAUUAGUUGUGUUUGAUACGAAUCAUUUGAAGUCUAUAAAUGAUUGUGAGCUUGACUAUUACAGUAAGAAAUUGGCCACAUGUUCAAGUGAUAAUACAGUAAAAAUAUUCGAUGUGAGUCUUUCAAAAGAACCAGUAUGUAUUGCAGAAAUGAGGGAUCACAGUUCAGCUGUUUGGAAAGUAUGUUGGUCCCAUCCAAAAUACGGGAGUUUGUUAGCUAGCUGUUCCUAUGACAAGAGUAUAAUAAUAUAUAAAGAAGUAUAUAUGAAUAAAUAUGAUAUGAUAUACAUAAAUAAUGAUCAUAAAAGUAGCGUAAACUAUAUAGAAUGGUCUCCUCAUGAAUACGGAUUACAUCUAGGAUGUGCAUGUUCAGAUGGACAAAUGAGCAUAAUAUCUUACAAUUUAACAAAAGGAACAAACGAAGAAGGAUACUGGAAUAAGUACAGUGUUAAGGCACACCUGAAUGGAACAUCUUGUUUAAGUUGGGAAAAGACAUAUAAUAAUUAUCAAUCGUUAAGUAAUAAUAAACAUUUAAAUGAAGGGACGAGUGCAGGAAGUGGUGGUGGUGGAGAUCAGAUAAACUUAUUCAGAUUGGCAUCUGGUGGCUAUGAUAAUCAAGUCAUUAUAUGGAUGUUUGAUAAUAAUACAAAAGAAUUUCAUAAAAUUUAUCAAAUGAACGACAAACCACAUAAAUCAGCUAUUAAAGAUAUUGCAUGGAAACCUAAUAUAAAUAAUUCUACCAAUAUAAUUGCAUCAUGUUCAGAUGAAAAAAUUGUUAUACUAUGGGUAGAAGAUGCAAGUAAUAAUCAAUGGAAAAAUGGACAAAUCAUAAAAGUACAACAUAAAAUUAGUAAAAUAAGUUGGUCUCCUAAUGGAACCAUAUUAGCUGUUGCGUGCACUGAUGAGAAUGCUUAUUUAUUUAGGGAAGGGAUGGAUGGUCAGUGGGAGGAAAUAUGUAAUUUAGCUGAUAAUGAAAAAAUGCAGGCACAAAUGGAGGCUCAAAUGGAGGAAAAAAAUGAUUUUAGUGAGAAAAAUAUUGAUACUAUUACUAAUGGAAAUGUUAAUGGAGCUAUGUCAUCAGACCCUAUGGGAAAUCAUCCAACGAAUCCAAUGGAUGCAUAUAACAGCAGCUAUAACAAUAAUCCAGGUAUGAAUAAUGAAAACCCAAAUGUGCUAAACGCUUCUACAGCUUACUUGAACUAUAAACCCUUCUCAAAUAACACUGGGAAUAAUGCAAUUCCUCCACCCAAUAUGAAUAUAAAUAAUUCCAUGAUGAUGCAAGGUAAUAUGAAUGCUUUACAAUCAAAUAACAACAACAGUCACCCCUAUGGCCAAGGCCCACCCCCUCCUAUGAAAAUUAACACUACCAUGAAUCAGCAAAGUCAUCCGAAUCAACAGAAUCAGCAGAAUCAGCAAAGUCAUCCGAAUCAGCAGAAUCACCCGAAUCACCCGAAUCAACAAAACGUGACGCCGAAUUAUUUGAUGACUCCAAAUAAGAAACCAGUUGCUCCACCUGGCACAACAAAUGUUAGUCAUUAUUCCAUGAGUAGUAACACCCCUGUUGGUACAGCUUCACAUUUGCCUCCACCACCACCCCCGGUUUCACAUGAACAGGGUACUGCCACCUCCUAUAGUGGUUUGAAUUAUGCUCCACCACAUGUCUCAAAUCAACAAGGGGUUACUGCACCUCAAUUUCCUCCCACCACACCUCCUACGAAUAUGCCUGGGGGGGGUUCAUAUAUGAGCAAUAAACAGAGUAUGCAUGUCCCUCCCCCUGGACCAGCACAACAGCAACAGCAGCAACCAGCGUCAUUUUCCCACGUCAGCACAAAUCCGAUGAACUUUGGAAAGCCUACCAGUACAAUACCACCUUCGCAAUUUCAGGGAAUAAAUACGAACAAAACAAAUUUUAGCACGCAACAAAUUUCUCCUCCUCCACCACCACCCCCUCCUCCAUUCGGUUCAACAUCCCUUCAACAUGGAUCAAAUAUUGUAAAAGGAAUGAACAAAACAAAUGCCUUUUCAAAUUGUAAUUCAAAUAUGAUGGCUCAACCUGAUUCCACACCACCAAUGACCACUAACCAACCACCUAUUCCACCUAUGAAAAAUAUAAACUCUCCAAGUAACUAUGCGCAGAUGACUUAUAACCAUCCACCACCACCACCUCCAAACAUGAUGGGGGGAAAUGAUUUGAAUGCAAAUCAAACCAACAAUAUGCAAUAUGGGGCGUAUCCGAAUUAUAGUCACCCGCAAUAA